AUGACAAAGACAAGCUUGUUUCUAGUUGCAAUACUUCUUAGCUUGAUGGUCAUUACAUCUCUUGCACAGCCAGAUCCUACUCUUGGCGCACAGGGAAUAGAAAUGAAGGAUAAAUGUGAAACAAAUGAAUGUAUAAUAGACGCUCCGUGGACUGCUCAUCUGGAUUACGCUCCUCAUCACGACAGGCCGCCAGGUCAUUGGGCGAUUCCACCACCAAAGCUGGUAGAUGACAUUGAUACUCAUGUGGUUAAGCCAAAUUAUUGA